UUGCGACUAUUUUCACGGGUCAUCAGUCUAUCUUUUUUUUUUUUUUUCAUUUUUUCUUUUUUUUCAGUGAUGGCGGAUAAGCGGAAACUUCAAGCGGAGAUCGACCGCGUGCUCAAGCGCAUCCAGGAAGGCACUGAGGAGUUUGAGGGCAUCUGGGAAAAGGUUGUCAGCGCGCCCAAUACAAACCUCAAGGAAAAGUACGAAGGCGACCUCAAGAAGGAGAUCAAGAAGCUGCAGCGACUGCGCGACCAGAUCAAGACAUGGCUCACAUCCAACGAAGUCAAGGACAAGAAGGUCUUGCUGGACAACCGCAAGCUGAUUGAAUCGCAAAUGGAGCGCUUCCGAGCAAUCGAACGCGAGACAAAAACCAAGGCGUACUCAAAGGAAGGCCUGGAGAAGGCGUCCAAGACGAUGGAUCCGGCAGAGCGUGAGAAGGCAGAGGAACGACAAUGGCUGAACGACGCAAUAGACAAGCUAGGAAUGCAGGUCGACGCCUUUGAAGCAGAACUCGAGACACUAGCAUCAACCUCAACAAAAAAGAAGGGCACAUCAGAGCGAACAGCGAAAAUGGAGGGCUUGGUCGUGCGGCACAAGUUCCACAUUAACAAGCUAGAACAGAUUUUGCGAUUGAUGGAGAAUGAUUCAUUGGACGUUGAGACGAUCAAAAACGCAAUCAACGAGGAUAUCGACUUUUACAUUGAAAACAACCAAGAAGACGACUAUACCGAAAACGAGGCAUUGUACGAGGACUUGAAUCUGGACGAGAACUAUGCUGGCGACGACUUUUCCGAUGACGAUGGCGACGAUGACGACGAUGACGACUACUCAUCAAGGAAGGAGGAAACAAAACCCGCUCCCGAAAAGCCAAAAGCAAAGGAAGAGCCACCAGCAUCACCCAGCAAACCCAAGCAACAAACACCAGCAGCUGCAGCGGCCGCCGCCAAGCCCGCCGCAGCCGCAACACCUGCAGCAGCACCCACAAGUACAGCAGCAGCAUCAACAACAGCCGCCACAACCGCCGCCAAGGGCAAAGACUCUGCCAAAGGCGCUGCAGCCACCACCGCAACAACAACGCCCGCGGCUGCAGCAGGCAAGGGCAUUCUUGCCACCCCUGCGUCAUCACAGGGUUUGCUGGACAAGGCCAGCGCUGUCCCAACAGCCACGCCAGCGGCCACCACUGGCAAGAAGGGCGCCAACAGCGCCGGCAGCAGCACCGUCACCACCCCGGUUGCUGCGCCAGUUGUCGUCAGUCCAUUUGCACCGCCGCCUGCGGCCACACCGUCAGGUAACGCCUGGACCCAACAGCAGGCCAAGAAGGCGGCUGCGGCUGCGGCUGCUGCUUCGGCACCACCCACCCCUGCCGUUGCUCCCGUUUCGCCCGCAUUCACGCCUGCUGUCAGCGCUGCGCCUGCCAAGCCAGCGGCUGCUCCUGCAGCAGCUGCAGUUGAAGAGCCCUCCAGCACUGCUGCUGGCAAGAAGGGCUCUGGCAAGGCUGCAAAGGGCGCCCAACCCGCUGCAAGCACUGCCGCCGAUGCGCCAAGCACCGAGGCAGCUGCAACCACUGAGACCACCACCCCAGUUUCGACCACCCCCAUCCUGCAACCAACCGCGACACCACAACAUGCUACAGGCAGCCACACAUCGCCGCUCGGCGAGGCCGAGUUUAGCAACGUCUCGCCGCUCCAGUCGUCGACGCCGGCAACGGCUGCCGAUCAGUCCAUGGACGCGAACGUGCGUCGACUGGCUCAGCUCUGGGGCAGCAUGCACUACCUGCCCGAGCCAGCUGAUUUCGAGCACCUGAAGAGCUACGCGCCUCGAUCGCCGGCGACCACUGCCCCGUUCAACCCCCACACGCCCAUCAACUUUGCCAGCAACCCGGCCCUGUUCAGCAAGUUUGAUUUAGACACCCUGUUCUUUAUCUUUUACUUCCAACAGGGCACGUACCAGCAGUACUUGGCGGCGCGCGAGCUCAAGAAGCAGGCGUGGCGCUUCCACAAAAAGUACCUGACAUGGUUCCAACGCCAUGCCGAGCCGACAACCGUCAUUGACGAGUUUGAACAAGGCACAUACGUCUACUUUGACUAUGAGACUGGCUGGUGCCAGCGCAAGAAGAGCGAAUUCACCUUUGAGUAUCGCUACCUGGAAGAUCAGGAAAUGCCCUAAAUGCGCGAGUCUUGCUCACACACUGUUUAGCAGCAGAGCAUGCGCACGCGUGUUUUUUGCUUGUACACUGUUUCUUUCAUGUGUGGAUUCCGGUCAAACGUCCGGAGUCUUUCUUGUGCUGUGUUGAAUGUGCAUGUCGAUGCUCGGCGGGGCUUUUGAGGAUUGUCGGAUUUCUUUGGCACAGUUUUGGCCACUUAUCACGCGUUUUGGCGGACGUUGUGGUGGGUUAGUGUUUCAAACCGUGUGAAGUCCGAUUGUCGUUUCAUCAUCCAACUUCCCCCCCCCCUUUCCCCUUUUGUUUUCUUUGUCCUUUGUG